CAAUGGGAAAUUAGCGUCGCCUGACAACUUUGAUAAUAUUUCACAUUCGCCAAAAGGAGUUUUUUUUUAAUCUUCCAGAAACAUUAACUUUGGAUUUCCACAAUGGCAAUAAACACAGAUACGGAGUUUGCGAAAUCGAAUCUGGGAGAGAGCGGCGGAACGCAACCAGCCGAGACCGAGAAACUCCUCGUGACCACCGAGCCCACCGGGGUAAAGACCUCCAGCUCCUUCACGGUCAGUGUCGGGGGUGACAAGACUCUCGACGGGGAUCAGAACGGCCACAGUCUGCCGCUGAGAUCCGGAUCAGCGGGGCAGCUCGGGUCGGCUCCUCUCUCUCCGUCCAGAGUGAGCCUGAGCCGCACUUCAUCGACCGGUACUGCCGCCCAAGAGCAGCAGAAACCCAAAGACUACCUCAUACUGGUCAUUUUUUCCUGCUUUUGUCCCGUGUGGCCACUAAGCAUCGUUGCAUUGGUCUAUUCAAUUAUGGCCAGAAACAGUCUACAGCAGGGGGACAUGGAUGGGGCAAGACGCCUGGGACGCUUGGCUCGCCUGCUUAGCUGUGUGGCCAUCAUCGUGGGCUUCCUUAGCAUCAUAAUCUAUGUGGUCGUUGCAGUAACUGGAUAGGAGGCAUAGUAAGAACGAGAAACCCAUCUACAGCACUACUGCAAACAAAAUAAAAACCUCACCCAUGAUGUAAUUAAAAUAAGAUCUCCCUCUUAACAAUAAUGCCACAUAAGAUAAAAAGAAACGAGGACUGUAGCAGCAAAAUAAGAUCUGAUUAAAUAGCAAAUAUGCAUGCAGUAGAUUAGCAUGCUCAGUGAAAAAACUCCCAUAUGUUAAAAAGAACAGUAAUGGCUUGCAUUAUGUAAAUGAGAAACAUUGCUGUUGUGGCAAGACCUCAUCUGAGGAUGGCAAAAGGACAAGGGGACUUUCUUUUUUUUCUCCCAAAGAUGGUCUUUGAAAACAUGGCUAUGCCUGGCAAGCUGCAUUUUAACCUUAUAUUACUCCUGGUUGAUCUUGCAUUUGAAAAUUAUGCACAGAAAUAUUUGCAACCACUGAUGUAUGUUUUAUAAAAAGAUUUAUAUGUGGAGUUUAAGUGACGGGAAUGAACUAGGGAUGACAAUCUGUUAGAUAGAAUCCUUGUCAGACUUAACAGAAAUGGUCAUUGGGGUUGGAGAUUUCAUUUUUGUUUAUUUAUUUUGUAUGUUUUGAUUAUUAAAAAAAAUGACCACACGCAUGCCUGAUCGUUUAUGUGAAUAACUGUCAGCAUUUUUCACUACUAUGUUUUUUAUCUGUAAGAGUAGUGGGUAUUUAAAGAU